AUGAGCGGUCUAGAAUGGUUGAACAUCCCUAAAAGUGAUUCUGUAGCGUCUACGCCCACGCCGCCUCCAUCUGUCUCUUUUGGUGCCAGACAACCACCACCACCGCCGCCACGAACCGACUCCGAUGUCUCAUCGUCAUGGACCACCUCAGACGUCCCGCUUUCGCUAACGGUAUCACAACUCUCCCCCCUUGAAGCCCGGACUUAUCUCCGCUGGUAUGGGAACAUUCUUAGCCGUUCUCUCGCAGUGAGUAGCCAGUACCCGGAGGGUCUUAAGAAGACCACCAUUGCGUUGGCAGAGAUCUGGACGUUCUUCACCAACUUCAAACUCCAGAACUGGCUCAAGGAGCGGCUCGAGCAGCUCUUUCUGAAGUACCGUGACAGCUUGAACGUGGGUCAGUUCUUUGCGUUGCUCCGCAUGGUCGGCCACUACUACCUGGAUGACUGCGUCGAGGCUUCGAUCGACAAGACGGUGAUCCAGCGGCCAGCGCCGAUCCCCAAACCAAUAGGAAUUCUAAGCACAGCUGAAGCGAACAAACGCAAGCGGGAUCUCUCGCCAGAACCGGAGCCGAAGCCGGAUUCCGCGCCGCUCGAUCUCGAUAGCUUCACCCGCUUCAUGCUCACGGGAGUCAAUCCCCAAGAGAGCCGCAAGAAGAAGGCCGUGAAAUUCAGUGAGAUGUUGGUGACGGGAUCGGAUACCCCUGAGUCCCAGUCAUCCUCCAUCGACCUUUCCUUGCCCAUGGAUCAGCUUCUCGGACAGGCUAAUGGGAAUGCCAAUUUCACGCUAAACCAUCCGGUAACGAUGAUGAAUUCUCCGCAUGAAACGCGCGAGGAAGAGGCGAAAAUCCUCAAAGAAAUGUCACCUGAGAUACACAACUUUGACCAGGUUAGCAGCAUUGACAGCAUGUCGCUUGGCGGGAAGCCUGCGAACGUUGGCUAUAGCUUUUUGAGUUUCUCCAACGACUCGGAUAUGGACUUGACGCAAGACACAGAUUUCAGUGACCUCAAACCGUUGAAACCGAACAUGACUGGUCCUAACGAAAUGCGUAGUUUGGGCAUCGACUACAAGAGCUUACACAAAUCGCAAAUCCAGGCAUUCCAGCAGGACGCCCAACUCCUCAAACCCAACCGUACAGGACCUAACGAUAUGCAGAGUAUGGGCGUGGACUACCAGGCAUUGCGUAACCUACAGGGUCUUUCCACCCCGAGCUUUUUUGUGGACCAAAGCCAGCCUUCCCAGAUUCCUGUGUUGCAGCGGCACAGAUCGCUGUCGUCGCCGAUGCCGAGCCAGAUAUCGGAACGAAACCAUUCGCUGCACUUGGACUUUUUAAACAGCAUCACCAGCAGUAUCAACCCAAGCCCGGCCAUUCAUUCGCCUCUUCGCAACGUCUCAUCGCCCCUGGAGCUCAUUCGAGGAAACCAGGGACCUAACCAGGCAUUUAGCCAGGGGUCUAACCAAGCAUUUAGCCAGAUGGAUCAGCCUUUCGCAGAGUUUUCACCCCAAAAAAAUGGUGGCUUGGCUCCGCCACCGCCCCCACCACGAAGUAGAAGAAUGACUGCGUCGCCGGUUCUGUCGCCAAUGUUCCCGCCACCGCCACCGCCCAGACGUAACGUGCCGUCACAACAGAGCCCGUACGGCUACCAGAAUGCCACCGCCACCGGUAGUGGGUCCGAGUUGCUUGACGACUUGGCACGCUUGAAGCAGGAUUUAGAGCGGAUCAAAUUGAUGACGGGUGAGACAACGAACGGGUAUUGA